CACGCGUGGGAGCGCGGACGGUGCUUUAUUUCCAUAGAGCAACACGCAGACGAAGGGGAACGUACCCCAGGGAACCCUCCACGGCCCCAGCCCUCGGGGAUUCCCCCCUCCCCGAUACGUGCGAGCCCGGGGCCGUGGCAUGGCUCAGACACCCACAGCUUGGUCCCCGGGGGCCCCCCACCCACCGGAGCUGCGCCAGCACCGCCCCACAGGAUUGAGCUGCAGAGCUUCAGCACCUCACGGAGCCCACCCAUUCACACUCAUUUCUUCUUCUUUUCCUGCGUGCUAGUGAACCAGGAGUCCAGUAGCUUCUUGCUAUAAUAGAGCUGCCAGCCAUGGACCUGUGCGGCCACCACCACCACCAGGUACAUGACGGAGACGGCCGAGAAGCCGAAGAUGAAGCGGCAGAGGCGGCCACUGGGCCCCGAGAAGACACUGGGGCUGCUGGAGGCUUCUGUGGUGCACCAGGAAGGAGCCCUGCUGGCACUGAACAAGCCCCCGGGCCUGCCUGUCCUGGGACAACCUGGCGAGCUGAGCCUGGAUGCACUGCUGCCAGUGCUGAGGCGACGGCUGGGCCUCCCUGCUGACCUCCAUGUGGUGAAAGCUCCUGCCAGGGAGUGUUCUGGCCUUGUCCUCCUGUCCAGCUGCUACCACACCACUAAGAAGCUCCAGCAGUUCUUCACCAAAGCCCGCCAGAGAGGCCAGUACCCUGCCACAUACUGUGCUGUCACUGUGGGAGUCCCGGCAGAGGCGAAGGGCGAGAUCCGCACUGGGCUGCGCUGGCAGCAGCAGGGUGACACUGCCAUGGUAGUGCCAGUGCCAGCCCCAGGACGCCACAGCCUGGCCAGGAAGGAGGUGAAGAUUACCCUGACACGCUACCGGGUGCUUGGUGCCCGGGGGGGCUGUGCCCUCCUCCAGCUCCAGCCCAAGACAGCCUUCCCAGAACAGCUUCAGGUGCACCUGACGCUGCUGCUAUGCCCAGCACUGGGUGACCACGAGCACUCCUCCCGUGUGGGCAGUGUCCUGGGGGUGCCCUUCCUGCUGACCCCCGAGGUUGCCCCGACCCGCACACAGGUGCUGGACGAGGAGUUGCUGUCCCGGCUGGGACUUUCACCGCAGCAGCUCCGUCACCUCCCACUCCACAUCCACCUGCAGGAGCUCGUGCUGCCCGAGGGCCCCCUCUGUGCACCCCCACCACCCCACUUCCUGCGGACCCUGCGCUGCCUGGGGCUGCCCGAGUGCCCUACUGCCACAGGGGGAUCCCCACCCCACAGCGCUCUGCCAGCCCAUUAAAAUCCCCACCUGCAGCUGGGGUGGCUCAACAC